AUGGCUACUCUAAGUACAAGGCCCAUGAGCACCUUGGAAACAUUCGACGAGAAGAAAGCCUACUUUGACAAUGACUUUACUCAAUUAAAAAAGCACAUCAAUUCUCCUACGAUCCCCGAACGUCCACACUUCGAUCGUUCCAAUACCUGGCAAAAUGCCUCCUUCUCAUCAACGGCUGAUACAGUCGUUGGUGAAGAUGAACAUCAUGGGCAUAGGAAGGGGAGUUUCUUUACACUCAAUGUCAUCCCCAAUCCCAAGAUUCCCAAGAUUAUCGAGGAACCUACCUCGGAAGGUCUUUUCGCACCCAACUUCUCCCGUCCUUUUGGCCCCAAGGUUACACCUGAACGACCACCCCUAUAUACAGCCACAGUUGAAGAUGACGAGGUUUGUCCUCUUGAACAAGACCCCAAGAAGGUUGAGCCUACUGUUACGGUUGAGGAGAAGCCUGUUCCUGUCCAGCCUGCCCCUACACAUGCCGAUGACACUGUCGAGACGUGUGGCUACCCCAAGAUCGAAGACCCUGUUGAUCCUGCUCGUGUCCUCUCGCCAAGAGACCUUCGCAAUCAAAGGGUGACUUUCAUGGGCAUCAUCGUUCUCAUCAACAUCUGCAUGGCCAUGGCAGCUUUCUUUGGCAAGAAGAGCAAGCUUGUCUUUGUCGUUGUCCUGUUCGUCAAGAGCAAGGACUUUCUCUCCGCCAUUCUUUCUCCUACGGGGAUGAUGUAUCGCUCCGUCUACGAGUGGUUCUACCCUCCUGCCCCUGUCAGCCGUCGCUGGAUCUUAUCUCUCAUCCCCGCCUACUCAGAAAGUGAGGAGCAGAUCGUCAAGACCAUCUUCUCUCUUCGCGACAAUGGCGUUGAUCCUCAUCGUCAAGUCAUGGUCGUUAUUCUAGAUGGCAAGCCCCGCGAUGUUCGAUCACACAUGACACGCAUGGUUCGCGAGUUCCAACGUCCCUACGUCUCCCUCAAGUGGAAGAAGGGUGUGUUGAACAUCCUCGCCGGCUUCAUGGAAGAUGUCCCCGUCAUCGUCAUCGAGAAGGUCAAGAACUCUGGUAAGAAGGACUCUCUUGUCCUCUGCCACGACCUCUUCAACUACCCUCGUGAGAACUCUCCUCUUUACACCAAGCUUCUACGGAAGGAGAUGUGGGAUGAGAUCCUUCCUGAGCUAACUAAGGGCGAGGAGUUUUCUGGCUUUGACAUGGUGUUUUGCACGGAUGCCGAUUCUACUAUCUACAAGGGUGCUGUUGCUCUUCUAGCAAAUGAUCUCGCAAGAGACAAGGAUGCUAUUGCUGCUUGUGGCUUGGUACUGGUUGAGCUGGAACCAGGCUACGAAUGGUCCUUUUGGAACUUGUAUCAACAGUUUCAGUACACCUUUGGACAAUACGUCAGACGGCGCGCAGAAGGGUUCGUGGGCAAAGUCACCUGUCUACCCGGGUGUAUCACUAUGAUCGCCUGCCGACCAGAAAUGGCUGGUGCGAUCCGCAAAUACUCCGAGCCCGUCACCGGUGAACUAGUCAUCAACCACCAAGUCCAAUACCUCGGCACCGAUCGAAGACUCACUUACUCCAUGCUCUCUCAGGGCAAACAUCUCCGGACCCUCUUUGUCCCUAACGCCGUCAGCGAAACGGUAGCCCCUCAAUCCCUUUUCCACUACCUUUCCCAACGGCGCCGAUGGGGCUCCAACGCUUACUUCAACAAUUACUUCUACCUCGCUGGCGAGAAGAUGAUUCCUAUCACCCGCAUCGCUGCCUCAAUCGAGGUUAUUCGCUUGAGUCUUGUCUACUACCGCAUUCUCAACACUGCUUUGUUCAUCGCUAGCUGUGUUCGUCACGUCUCUGCACUAAAAUUGGUUCCCAUGCUGGUCGUCGGUCAAUUACCCUCGCUAUGGUUCUUUUGUUCAAUUCUUCUCGAACCCGAGCUGCGCAAGCGAGGCCACAAACUUGCCAUCGGGUACUUUAUUAACAAAUGCGUUUCGCCAUUUAUGAGCGUUAUUAUCUUUACAAAAGUUGCCACCAAUCUGGGUAGUCAGGUUUGGGGUGUUUCUGGAGUGACGGCGUCUUCAGCACCUGUUGCUGCUGCGCCGACGGAGGAGGAGGAUGUGGAAAAGAAGUUUAUUACCGAUUCUCUUGAUGCUGCUGAGUGCGGAGAGGUUUCUCCUGCUAUGAAGCAAGAUUCUGAUGGGCUUACUAAGCCUGAGCGUGCUCGUCUUAGGGAUGAGCGGGCUGAUGUUGAUAUCUAG